GACUCCAUUUUUCCUAAACCACCCAUUAUCAUUCUUCAUCAAAACUGAUAAUAUCCGAAAUUCAAGGCGAGAUAAGAGAAGAUGAAUCUCUAUCUUUGUUCACAAAUUUAUCUCUUCAAUCCCAGAAAACCUAGGUUGUUUUCGGUUAUUAAAUCCCCAAUUAUCCCUUCUAGAAAAUACACAAGUAUUACCACAAAAAUACGGAAGGUUCGUGAGGCUGGGUAGAGCACGAAUUGGUCCAAGGUUGAUCGAUUGGGUGGUAUUGGAAGGUGAAGGGACGAAUUUGACGGUGGAUUCGAGCAGCGGCUGUUUGAUUUCUUGGCUCAGUUCAUAAGUUCUCCUUAAUUUACUCCUCACCUUUUAAUUUUGUGAUUAAUUUGUUUGCUUCUACUUGGUGAAUUGGAUGUAAUUUGAUCUUUAAUUUCCUGAUUUAUGUUUCGUCGUUUAAACGCUGAGUAUAAUCGUUUCAAUAUUCAAUUUGGUAUUUAAUUGAUUCACAUAUUCUUCUUUGUUUUAUAUGAACGUUUAAUUUACUUGUAAUAGUAUUCAAUUGCUAGUAUGAGGUAAUUAGACUAUGCUAAAUUAUUACAUGAUGCGGCAUUAUUUGAUAAGUUAGAGUGAAUGACUCGAUAUUACUAGUUUGAGCGGCUCAACCGUAGUUUUGUUGAGUUUGUGGGUUGAUCUAAUAAAUUAAGUUUAUUGGGGUAGAAAGUGUAUUAGUAAGAUUCUGAUCGAUUUCUAGUGAGCUAUACAUGUCAAAUCAACUGCGGCGGUAAUUUGACUACCUAGAUAUUAAAUUGAAUAUUGAAGGAGACUAUAUGAAGGAAGUUGGGAAUUUAAGUUAUAUCGUAUUAAUCAAUGAUCGAUUUGUUAUCAUAUUGGUGGUUUGCUUGUCGUCUAUUUUAAACAACAGAUUAGUAUAUUAUUUUUUUAUUUUGUUUGGUUUAAUUACUCGUUUGAUUAAACCCCCCCAAUCUCAUGUACAUAGUGUGAAUAAUACUCUUUUAUGUAUAUAGUUCAUGUUUCGAGUUGAUUUUGGGUUUAUAAAGGUAAUUAAUCUCCUCGUGGGUUCGACCCUUACUUACCCUUUCUGCUAGUUGUUAAUAUUUUUGAAGGUUUAAGUUAGGUAAUUUAUUAACUUGUUGCAUGUUAACAUUGGUUCCACCUAGUCGAUUUUUUUUUUGGAAUUUUUAUCUUGUUCCGUUGUUUUAUCUUCAAUGUCUAUAAUCAUGUAAGAGAUUAUGUGUAGAUUAAAGUAGAUUAUUUUUCGUAUGGUAUUGUUUUAUUGAAAUUUAAAAUUGUUCAAAUUUUUUGAUAAUAUAAUGGAAUUUUUAAAGUAUAAAAAAUCCGAAAAAAAUUAAUUAAAAAAACGGUUAACAUUACAUUGUGAUGGCGGAUUGUAGUUCAAAAGCAUUGGAUGAUCAAGAGGAUAAUAUUUGGGAGAAAUUGCUUAAAUUCCAAGAUGGUUCUUUGGAAGAUUUGCUAGUCACCAACGAUCCCCAAGACAAACAAUUCCUAGCCACCAAUAACUCAACCGAAGCUACGCAAUGUUCCGACCAGUGUAGUAUAGUUCAGAUUUCAACACAAGCGGAACCCAAUCGAGAGUAUUGUAAGGAUGAUGUUCAUACCGAAGGGAAUGUUCUUGAUGGUCAGGGUCACGCUGAUGUUCAUGUGCGCCCUCUUUGAGUGGUGGAUGUUACUAGUGAGGAUGAUUGUGGGUUUAAGGGAGGCAGUGGUCAUGAAGACUUGCCCACGAAGGGGCCAGAGCCUUCACAUGCUGCAAUGGCGGAGUUACCCAAAAAGGAUGUUAUGGAUAAAGUUGGCAGGCCGCACGAUGACAUGCACAAUGAUGGUGAUCAGCCUGCUCGUGUGGAAUUUACCAAAAAGAAGAAUGUUGAAGCUACAGUAGCAGAGAAAGGAGUUGUAUCCGAGGGUGUUGCACCUUCGAGAAAGCGAGGAAGACCGCGUAAAGAAGGACCCAAGCACUACCCUAUUGUUAGGACCUACCCUAAAGAUGUUGUGAAGGUUUUGAAGAAAAUAAGCUCUCAAAGAAGGAAGUACGUGAGGAAAACAGUUUUCAAGUCUUUUCUUGACAUAAAAAUCAAACAUUUCGAUAGGAAUUUCUUGGCAUAUUUAUAUAGCCGAUGGGAUGCUAGUAGGAAAGUACUACGUAUUCGAGAUGAUUACGAAGUACAGAUAGAUGAUGAGAUGGUCGGGUGGAUCACGGGACUUCCAUACGGUGAAGUGACCCGAGACAUUCCUCCAGUAAAAAGGGGGAAAUCUAGUAUCCAGGAUAUGAAGACCGAAAACAGAAAUGCUGGUGGAAUCGGCUACAGAGUUGUGCAUAACAUGUGUUUGGAUGAAGCCAAGGAAAAAUCUGAAUUUUUGAAGCACUUUGUUCUCUAUGUUUUUGGUAAUAUUUUAUGCACGACGACUAGCAACAACAUUAGCCCGGACCUCUGUUGGUUGGUGAGAAGGAAGUUUCUGCGUGAUGCUAAGAAGUACAGCUGGUCAAAGUUUAUCCUAGAGUGGAUGGUGAAAUAUGGAAAUGGGGAUUCUACCAAGGGGUUUAAAGGAUCUCCUACGGUUCUGAUGGCGGAUGCACGAUCCACAUGGUGCAUCUCUUUCAAAAAAAAGCGGAAAAAACAUUGCAUAAAAAUAUAAAGAACAUUUAGUUUAAGUGAAAAGAACAUAUUAUAGAAUUGUAAUGAACAUUGUAUAGAUAUGUAAAAAACAUUCCGUUAAAGUGCA